AUGCCCGACUACAGAAAAGGAGAAAAAGUCCGCUAUAAGCCUGUCGGAGGCCCCGAGUCUAAGACGUCCGAGGCUGUCGGCAUCAUCCGUGAGGUUGCCACUCAGCCCACUCAGAUGACGGGCCGCAAUGUAGCUGCUUCGGACGAGGAGCCACGGUACACGAUUGAGAAUGCGCGUACGCAUAAGCAGUCGGCUAUCAAGGAGUCGAAUAUCUUGGGGCCUGAAGAGUAAGAUGGUUGGAGGUCGAGGACAGCUGGAUAGACGAGGGAGAGGGGGGACGGCAAUGGUGUGUUUCUGGUCGAUGAAUGAUCACUUGGUUUUUCUGGCCCAGGCAGAUAUGGAGUAGAAUGAAUGGAUUGUCUGAAUACUUUGCUUUGUUGUAUGCUUGAGAUAAGCUGCAGUAAGCCGUAGUUUAUUGCUGUAUAAGGUACGUUGCCUACCUGGCCGCAUGGAUCUGCUUGUUUUC